GCGGCGCUCACUGGGGCUGCCGGCCCCUCCCCUGAGAGGGCUCCGCGGGCGGGAAGACGCCCAGACGCCAGCUUCGGUCCCCUUUCUGUCUCUCAGUUCCUCUUUCCUCCCAAGUAAGGGAAUAAACCGCGAGGAAGCAGCGCCCAGGGCAACCGCGCAACUCCGGGUUGCUUGGGAGGACGAGCCAGGGCUUCUGGAUCCACCUUGACCGCAGACAGGAGGAUGUUGCCUAAGGAAUAGCACGGGAGUUUCCACACGUGCUGAGACUGGUCAGCUGCUGCCAUGGACAUGUGGGUCCUCUGAGCAGUCUCCUGACUGCACACCUGUGAUGAGCCAGGCCCUGGGCCACACCUCUGCCUCCCCUUGGUGAACAGAACUCCAUCCCUGGCCUCCAGGCAUUCACCCCCACAGUGCAAAUAUGAGUGAAGAACGGUGGGUCUCUCUCACUCCAGAAGAAUUUGACCAGCUCCAGAAGUACUCAGAAUAUUCCUCCAAGAAGAUUAAGGAUGUCUUGGCUGAAUUUAAUGAAGGUGGGAGCCUCAAACAAUAUGACCCACAUGAGCCGAUUAGCUAUGAUGUCUUCAAGCUGUUCAUGAGGGCGUAUCUGGAGGUGGACCUUCCUCAGCCACUGAGCACACACCUCUUCCUGGCCUUCAGUCAGAAGCCCAGGCAGGAGCCCCCGGACCACCCAACGGAGGGGGCUACCAGCAGUGAGCCCAACGGCCCAGAUCCUGAUAUACAGAACAUAGAUAAUGCUGCCCGAGCGGACAACGCCUGUGCCUCUGAUGCUGAAUCAAAGAUGGCCGAGAAGCAAGCAUCAGCUAAAGACCAGGUGUCUGUGACCUCCCUGGGAGCCCCUGCUGAUCAGUCUUCAGGCUCAGAACUGUCCACCGUGUACCUGAAAGAUGUUGUGUGUUACCUGUCCCUGCUGGAGACAGGAAGACCUCAGGAUAAACUGGAGUUCAUGUUUCGUCUCUACGAUUCGGAUGAGAAUGGUCUCCUGGACCAAGCGGAGAUGGAUUGCAUUGUCAACCAAAUGCUACAUAUUGCUCAGUACCUGGAAUGGGAUCCUACAGAGCUAAGACCUAUAUUGAAGGAGAUGUUGCAAGGGAUGGACUACGACCAGGACGGCUUUGUGUCUCUGCAGGAAUGGGUCCAUGGAGGGAUGACCACCAUCCCACUGCUCGUCCUUCUGGGGAUGGAUGACUCCGGCUCCAAAGGGGACGGCAGGCAUGCCUGGACCAUGAAGCAUUUCAAGAAGCCAACCUACUGCAACUUCUGCCACAUGAUGCUCGUGGGCGUUCGGAAGCAAGGCCUCUGCUGCAUCUACUGUAAAUACACUGUCCACGAACGCUGUGUCUCCAAAAACAUUCCUGCGUGUGUCAAAACGUACUCAAAAACCAAAAAGGGAGGCGAGGUGAUGCAGCACGCGUGGGUGGAAGGGAACUCCUCCGUCAAGUGUGACCGGUGCCACAAAAGUAUCAAGUGCUACCAGAGUGUCACCGCGCGGCACUGCGUGUGGUGCCGGAUGACGUUUCACCGGAAGUGUGAGUUAGCCACGGUGUGUGACGGCGGGGAACUCCGAGACCACAUUUUGCUGCCCACCUCCAUAUGCCCCGUCACGCGGGACAGGCAAGCCGGCAAGUGUGACAGCAGCGUGCCUGCCAAGGGUGAACUUGUAACCCAGGAGGACACUUUAUUUCCGGCCUCUGGAGUUACCUUUGACCGCCACACUUAUAAGAUCAUCCCCACUCCAGGAACCCACCCCCUGCUGGUCUUGGUGAACCCCAAGAGUGGAGGGAGACAAGGAGAAAGAAUUCUCCGGAAAUUCCAUUAUCUGCUCAACCCCAAGCAAGUCUUCAACCUGGACAGCGGGGGGCCCACUCCAGGAUUGAACUUUUUCCGAGAUACCCCCGACUUCCGGGUGUUGGCCUGUGGAGGUGACGGGACGGUUGGCUGGAUCCUGGAUUGCAUUGAUAAGGCCAACUUUGUGAAGCACCCACCAGUGGCUGUCCUGCCCCUUGGAACUGGAAAUGACCUUGCCCGGUGUCUCCGCUGGGGAGGAGGCUACGAAGGGGGCAGCUUGACGAAGAUCCUCAAGGACAUCGAGCAGAGCCCCUUGGUGAUGCUGGACCGCUGGCACCUCGAAGUCAUCCCCAGAGAGGAGGUGGAGAACGGAGACCAGGUCCCGUACAGCAUCAUGAACAACUACUUCUCCAUCGGCGUGGAUGCUUCCAUUGCUCACAGAUUCCACGUGAUGAGAGAGAAACACCCUGAAAAAUUCAACAGCAGGAUGAAGAACAAGCUGUGGUACUUUGAGUUCGGCACCUCGGAGACUUUUGCAGCCACCUGCAAGAAACUCCACGACCACAUAGAGUUGGAGCCCCGUGAGGCAAGCAUGAGCCCAUUCUUGAAGCGAGGCUCAGAGCCAUUAAAUCACUCGACCAAGACUUCACGGCUGGAAACUGGCAAGAGGGAAGAUUCCACAUCUUUGGAAUGCGAUGGGGUUGGAGUGGACCUGAGCAACAUCUUCCUUGAAGGCAUUGCCAUUCUCAACAUUCCCAGCAUGUAUGGAGGCACCAAUCUCUGGGGAGAAACCAAGAAGAACCGGGCUGUGAUCCGGGAAAGCAGGAAGGGUAUCACUGACCCCAAGGAACUGAAAUUCUGUGUCCAAGACCUUGGCGAUCAACUCCUGGAAGUGGUGGGGCUCGAGGGAGCCAUGGAGAUGGGACAGAUCUACACCGGCCUGAAGAGCGCGGGCAGGAGGCUGGCACAGUGCUCCUCUGUCACCAUCAGGACUAACAAGCUGCUGCCGAUGCAGGUAGAUGGGGAGCCCUGGAUGCAGCCCUGUUGCACGAUUAAAAUCACUCACAAGAACCAAGCACCCAUGAUGAUGGGGCCUCCCCAGAAGAGCAGCUUCUUUUCGCUGAGAAGGAAGAGCCGCUCAAAAGACUGAACGAUGCGCCAUAUGCCAGCUAACCUAAGAGAGAAAGCCAAUAACUGUAACUACACACACAUUUACACACACACACACUCGCACUCACAUUCUUCUCUAACCAGUGGACCCACAAGAAGAGAAUGUCACCUUGCCGUACAUUCUACCCAUUUUAAUGAUGGCUGCCCCUCCACCGGAGCCAGUGCCAACAGGACAUUUGGAUUGGAUUCGGGGUCCCCCAGCAGCAUGGCUGGCUUACACAGCAGCUUCCACAUUGCCACAGGCCUGGAGUCAGACGCCCGGAGAAUGAAAGAGAAGGCUCCCUCGAGUUCCGUCAGCCCUGUGAUGUCCUCACGGGUGCUCGUGGCGGGCAGCCUGCAGGUUUCCUGCCUGUGGUGAGAUCGGAUGUGGUCGAGGGAGGGAGCUCCGGGCUGCUGAGCACCUGCACAAAGCUCCCUCUGUGCAGGGGUGCGGCGGCCGCCAGCUCUCAGCGCAGCAUCCCUGGCAGGGCGCAGCCAGCGCACGUUGGCUUCUUGGUUGUCCUCUGAGCGACAACUGCUCCCUGGACUCGCUGAGGAGGCAGGAAGGCCGUGGAAAGCUGGGUCGCCAUGCCUGGUUCCCUGCGCUGUCACCGGCCGCUUGUUAUGUCCCCCCAAGCCUUCUCCUGUGGCUGUGUGUUUGGAGGCGGCUCCGAGAGCCCCAGAGCUGCCGGCGCAGCACACCUCAGACGUGGUAUUUAUUUUCUUAGGCCUGUGAACACCUGGGAGGGAGAGCAGAGAAAUGGAGAUUUAUUUUUCAAAUUGUGUCAUAAUAUUGUGUAAAAGGGGAAGAACAGAAAAUACCACCCCCAGCUUCUUUCUUUUUCAAGCCAAAGCGUGUUUCCUGUUUGAGUUCCAGGCCCUGGCGGCAGACCGUUCUGAGACAGAGAAGAUGCAAGGGAGGGGACUUUGCUGGGAAAACCGGGAGACAGCGCAUCUGAUGGGGCUCCCUCCUGCUCCUCUGCACUGCCAUUGCCAGAGUGGGACCCGAAGGGCCCUCUGAUGGUCUAACGUGUGUAUAUAUGUAGCAUAUAUAUUUAUAUAUAUGAAUAUUUAUUUACUGAUGGACUUUUCCAGACUGAGAAAAGAAACUUGAUGAUAAUCUAGGAACAGUAAGUGGGAACGAAAAGAAGGUUCUUAUGCCUUCCCCCUCCACCAUUUCAUUGUCAAGACGAUAUAAUACCCUGUGGUGGUCAUAGGGUUUAAGGAAAAUGAAAAUAGCCCCUUAUGGAGAACUGCUAGUCUAAAUCCUCAAAACAAUCUUGAGAUAAAUGCCGGGCAGGAUUUACUCUCCCAUUCAUCAGCUAAGGAAGCCGAGUCUCGGAAGGUAAGAGACUCGUCCGUGUACCUUGGCUAAUGUGGUGUGAGAGUAGAUGACAUUGAGAAGAUGAUGCAGAGAGAAAAGAGCUCACACCUCUUGGAACCAGGCCAUUUCUGGUCACUGAGAAGUCGUUGCCCUUGGACCCGGUUUCCAGGGAAGAAGGAAUGUGGGGACAGGACAAGCCCUCGCUGCUUCCUGGAGGCUGUGUGGCCUGAACUGGAGAGAAGUUGGGCUGAGGCUGAAGGCACUCAAGAGAUCAUCCAAUUGAACUCUUCGCUUGUUUUUCACCACGGCCAUCACAGCCUCUUAGUUUGGAACACACCUGGCUGCAGGGAUGACCUCGGUGGAGAGUCACAAGGAGGACUGAGGGCCCUUCCUCACGGUGCCAGCAGCCAGGACACAGAGGUCUGGGCAGAGCUCAGUGGGCUUCACUCAGCCGGUGCCGGCAGUACCUUCCUUUCCCAAGGGCAAGUCUGUGCAGAGCUUCAUUGAUAGAAAGCAACAAUGCCUCAGCCCCUUUGCUCACACAGGGCCUCCAUGCGUCUCCGCAAUGUCUCAGGAGGAAACACGGGCCCUCUCGAUGCCACUCCACAGUGCUGCAUCUCAUCUCCUUGCAUUGGGCCAGGACUCCAGACUAGGCAGGGAGUAUUCAGAUUAUAUAAACUAAGCAUAUCUCCGAAGGAAGCAGUCGUCCGGGAUCAUCAAGGACUGAGAUCUAGAACCAUCCUGUUCGACCUCCGAGUGCAGAAUACUGGGCCAAGGGAAACCAGACCAUCGGUAGAAUAUCCUGAGGGGACCCUUGGUGAAGGCUCCAGCAAGUUCCAGAAUGACUGCAGGUACUGCGUUGGAAGGCACAUGAUUCUGAAGCUGAGGCAGGCUCAGAUUUGGAGUCACUGAUUCGAAGACAUGCCUGGAGGGUGCUGUGUGGAUUUCAGCCCUGAUCCCACAGGUUUGAGGCUGUUGAGACACGGCACGAUCAGCAGGUGAACUUGAGUCUCGAUUCACCCAUCUUAGGAAGGGUCCACGCAGAGACUGGGCCCCUACAAGCCAGUGCACAGGACUCGCAGUGUGGCUUGAGAAACACAUCCCUCGUCCUCCUCGGAGGCACAGUGGGUGACAAACCCCAGUGGAAUUGCACUUCCACUUUAAUAUCGUGAGUCUUGUGUUGUUGUUUAAUCUCACCUUGCAAGUCAUCCCAGACCCUGUGACUGUGGUUUCUCAAUGUAGGGGACCUCAUCAGAGCAAUCCUCACAGCGACCUCUGAGGGUAGCACAGAAGGUAUCAUCCCAGUCUUCCUGAGGCGUGCAGGGCUUAGCGAGGUGUGGCGAUCUCUUAAAGCCACGCAGUUCGAUAGCUAAGGGAAUACCCAGUCUCUGACUUCUUGCCUGACUGUGACUCCGACCAUGCUAUAGACAUGUUCUCACCUGCCCCCACACUUCUAUCCCACUAGCAAUAAAAACAAUGAAACAGGAAACCUUCAAGUGCCUUCUGUUAUCCCUGGGUUGAUGGACUAGGGGUUGCAUCUCGUUAUAACGUGGCCUUUGUGGGGUUUCCCCAGUGAGUUGAGAGUGGAUAUAGACUUAGAAUGAUUAUAUUCAGGUCAGAGACCAGCUCCUCUCGAGAGAGUUCUUUACACAGAUGGAAAAGAUAUGUUGAAAUUGCCAAAUAAAUUAGGAAAUACUUGGCAGAACCUGGAAGAGCCUCCAGACUGGCGUUACAUAACAUGCAUAUACAUUAUACAUAUGCACAUUAUAUAAGGUGACAUAGUACUUAAUGUGCUGUAUAUAUUAUGUAAAUUACAUAUUUGUGAGUAAUCAUGAUAAAUAUAGAGACCCACUAAUCACUUUUUUACACAUACUCAGUGACAGAUUAGGAAGUGGCUUUGCCAGAGAGUCUUAAAACUUACUCUCUUGUGCUGCUUUGGUUCCAACUCCUGCCAAAAAUAAUUGCAUCAAUUUUUCCUAUCUCUAGCCCCCUCUCUUCUUGGCCCAAACGCUCAGUUACCUCCUGUCCCAGCUAGGCUGUACCUUCCGUGCACCACUACCACCAGCAGGAUCCAUGAAAAUAGAAUCUUGUGGAAGCGAAGGAUCUAGACUCCCCUGCUCCCUGUGUCCCAGACCUGCGCCUCCACACUC